CCAGCUGGUACGUAUCAUCCAUCCCGACCACAAGCUUGAAUUUGCCUUUGCGGAUGGCUUCAAAAUUCCGUCUGAGCGUAAGUCGAUCGCUGAUUCAUCCGUCGAGCAAAGACGCGAUUAUUCGAUGGCAUGGUCAUAACUUCCGUCAGACAUUGCUGAAUGGACUUGUGAGGUAGAAUGUGACAAGAUGCUCAUCAAGCUGCUUGAGUCUCUAUAAGCUGAAUCAUGGACAAGCACAACAUUACUCUGAGGCCGGAUGAAAGUCAGCCAUGCUGUCAAAGUGUUGAGGCCACCCUCUCCCUUGUCUCAGGCAUUUCUCUCGUUAUCAUAUCGUUUACUACUGUCCUUGGAAAUGGUAUGCUGUGCGUGGCCAUGUACAAGAAUCCACUGAAACGCUUCCGUACGGCGCCAAUGCUCUUCGUAACAAACUUAGCGGUUGCCGACUUCUUAACAGGCUCCAUCGUGGAUCCUUUGUACAUUACUUACAACUUUGGUUUCAACCAAGCUAAAGACUACCAGACCGCUUUAGCAGUCGGUGAUCAUGCUUCAUAUAUUACUGUCAAUGUCUCUCUUUGCUCUGCGGUAGUUCUUGUCAUCGACCGAUUCUUGGCUUUGAAAACUCCCUUUCUUUACCGCAGAUUCAUGACGAAACGAAACGCUUUGGUAACCGUAGUUGUCCUGUGGGUCUAUUCUAUACUGUUCAGUUUCCUUCCAUAUAUGGGUACGCCUGACACUGCGUAUUAUUUGUUGGAUCUCCAUAUCCACGUCACCGGAAGCCUGUUCACUCUGACUGUUUUUCUCCUUCUUAUAUAUCGACUUUCUGUAUUUACCAAAAAUCAACGAGUGGGUAUGACUGGCUCAAAUCCUCGACUUGAUCAGCAAAGAAUACAACUCAUCCGCGAUAAGAAAACUACUUGCACCUUUCUAAUCAUUUUAGCUGCAUGUUAUAUCUGCUUAUUGCCCUACUACAUCUACGUGCACGUUUUUCUGUUUUGUCCCUCGUGUCAGACGAGCUUAGUACUUUUAGCACUAAGCAAAAUUUCUGAGCCCGUGGUAUACCUUAACUGCGCAUUGAACCCAUUUAUAUAUGCUUGGAGACAUAAAGUGUUUCGGAAAUCACUGAGGAUCGUGUUCAUGCCUAGGCAAAUAAGAGUGAAACCGGAGGAAAUGAGUUCGCAGAGAACCUUAGGGAUGUCAGUCUUUUAGGACCUGGACCCUAAGCCAAAGAAAAGAAGGCCUAGAAGUUGAAUUCAUUAGACAAGUGCAUGCUUCUCCGGUAGUUGGAGUGAAAUGAGUCUCUUGUUAAACACUGAUGAAUC